GAUCUGGUAACCGCCAAACAGGUCCAUUCCAGUACAUCACUAGAGACACUCGAUGCGUCACUUUUAGAGUCCAGACGAUGCCCGGGCCCAUGGAUUUCUACCCCGUGGACGAGGAUACUCCGCUACUACGUGGCCCAGAAGAGUCUCCGCGCAACCCGGACUUCACUUCGUACCCGGUCGCAGCCAAUAGUGGAGAUUCCAGCACCACGCGACGCAGUCUGCAGACGACGGAGCUAGAGCUGAAUGUGGACAAGAUCUCGUUCCUUUUCAGCCCUUCGGCACGCCACGGCUACGGAAGUCCCAACAACUACAAGAGCUUCGCCGAUGUGCCACUCCAUGGAUCAGUGCAGGACGUCGAUGAGCUCAAUAUGCUUGAUCCGUACUUCGAUGUGACCCCACCGCGUCUCCGUGUGGCAUUUGAAGGCGCAGCACCAGAGGAAGGAGGGGAGUUGAGCUAUGACGGAUUCCGUGUUGCAUUAGAAACGCUAGGCAUCCGAUGUUCGGACAACUCAGUGUUCCUGAAAUUGGUGCAGAGUAUUGACAGAGAACAGAGUGGACAGAUCACGUUGCAGCAGUUUGACGCUGCAGUUCAUCGACUGAAGCUGAUGCACAUGUUUGAUGAAGGAACGGUACAGGAGAUGAGGACUGCGGGGUACCAACAAGCCGCACUGUCAGUAUCAGACUUUUCGAGCACCAGACUGCAGAGCUUUGCAUUGCGACAAGAGAAUUUACACGAGUUCUUCACAGCACAUCGACCUGAGUGGGUGAACGUGCGUUGGAUCAAUUUGGACGGCCGAGAUAGUCUGAACCUCAAAAGACUGGCUAUCAAGUAUCGUCUACAUCCGCUUGCCAUUGAGGACACGAUCGAGGGCCAUGAACGACCCAAGUUUGAUCGAUAUGAUGGACAUCUGUUCCUUGUGUUCCCAGUUUUGAGGAUGCAAUUGGCGGACAAAGGCAAUCGACUGUACUCAGACCCACGAGAGCCAUCUCUGCCAACUUUUGUCAAGCGAAUGUCCUUCCGCCGCAGUAUGAGCGCUGUCACAGACGAGACUGACGAGGAAGACGACGACCCGUUUAAGCUCUGGAUCGAGCACGUAUUCAUCUUCGUCGUGGACAAUGACACAGUCAUCACAGUCAAAGACGGCGGUGACAGUGAUAUAUGGACUGAGUUGAACCGUCGGUUGGCUGUACCAUACUCCAAGCUGCGGCAUAAUGACGCAAAGUUCCUUGUGUACUCGGUGCUUGAUGUGAUCGUGGACCAGGUAACCAGCGUCGUCGAUUCGAUUACGGAAUGUUUAAUCGCGCUUGAGAACCAACUGGAACAAGAGCGUCAUCGCUUCGAGUUGCGUUCGUUGAGGGUAUUGAAGAACGAGUUGUUCCGCCUUCCUCGAUUGCUUAAAGCGGCUCGCGAGGUGCUGAAGAAUAUCAUCGAAAGCAAAGACUUUGACGCUACCGUGACCGAUUACGUCCGUGAUGUUCACGACCACGUGGUUGUUGCGCUUGAUGAUAUCGAGCAACAACUUCAAAUGUGUCGCCAGCUAACGGAAGAAUACCGAGAUGCCAAGGCGAAUCAGAUGAACUACGUCAUCUACACACUCACUGUGGUCACGACUGUAUUCCUACCUGGCCAAUUUCUCACUGGAGUUUACGGUAUGAACUUCGACGAAAUGCCCGAACUCCAUGAGCGUUAUGGCUACGCGCUUUUCUGGGUCUUUGCGAUUGCCAUCGCUGCUGCGCUGCAGCUGUACUUCCGCUAUAAGCAAUGGAUUUGAGCUACUUACGUGCUCCUGUGUGUAGAAGAGGUAUGUAUACACAAUAAAUAAUAAAUGAAAAAUACAAUAGAACGACCGAAUUUCCCUGCAAAAAUGCUGA